UUAAACUAUUUGUUUACUUCUUCAGGAAAUAGAGAAGUACUUUGAAGACUUCUGGAAUGCUGUACCAGAUGAGGACAGAGAUUGGUUAAGUGAGUCUCUGAAUGAUCGUGAUUAUGCUGUGGGUCUAGUUGAACUAAAUGAGGAAACAAAGACAAAGCUUGAAUCAAUGAAAAAGUCCAUUGUUGAACUAUUUACAGUCGUGAUCAAUACAAAAAUUGAAAUUCCAUCUUCGUGGGCUCUAAUGGAGCAGUUAUUAUAUGAAGGGGCCUGGAAGGUUUUGUCCCUUGCAGAAAUUUGGAGGCUCAACUCAUCCCUUCCUGAUGCAUACCAAAUUAAAAGUGAUGAGGAAAUGUCUAUGUUUCUAAAGUGUUUCCAUGACAAUGGUAUCAUUUUGCAUUUUCAAGAUGAGAAAUUGAGGGAACAUGCAGUACUUGACAUUCAGUGGUUUGCUAAAGCUUUCAGUAAGAUUAUUGCUGAUAAAAACCACAUUAACAAAGACUGCAAAACAAGAUUAAUCAAAGAGUGGAAGUCCUUCAACAAAACAGGGGAACUUAAAGAUAAAGUGGUAAAUGCACUAUGGAAAGAAGAACCACUUUACUUGAAACACAAAAAUGAAAUUAUGUCUUACAUGGAGAAGCUUCAAAUGCUGGUACCUUUGGAGCCCUCUGGGGCUGUAUCAGAAGGUGGCAUGUCAUGGUAUGUUCCGUGCAUGAACAAAAAGCAGUUUCUAGCCAACUUUUGUGAAGAUAAAUGGGAAUGCUCCUCCAUUUUGUGCUAUCAUUUCACUUCUUUUGCCAUGUUUGUGUUCUACAGACUGGUAGCAUACUGCAUGGGUUUUCUAAGAUGGAAAGUUUCAACAGAUGAAGAUCAUGAAGGAAGUCUAUGUCUUUAUCAAACAGCAGCAGUGUUUGAUCACAAUGAACACACUGUUGUUGUUGGCAUAUGUAACGAUGAUAUUCAGUUACAAGUGUUGCGAAUCAGACCAUUGGCUAUAGAUAGAGAGGUAUCAAAUGAAAUUGGAGACUCUAUUCAAAAUGCCAUAAAAAAGUUGACAGAAACAUUUAUUGGCACAAACAUUUUCCAUAAAGGAUUCAAAUGCCAAAACAUUAUUUGUGAUGAGAAAGAUUUAUCUUUCACUCUUGAAAGUGAGCUGUCCGAAAUCAAAGCUGAAGAAACGCAGUGCAAGUGCCAACUUCAGAGAAAACACGUGAUAAAUGUUCAAAAGACCCUAGGCUUCUGGGAGAAGAGAAAGUUGGGUGAUUCAAGCAGCCAAAUGGCCUCUGCACAAGAGCUUGAUGGUAGAACUAGGUUUGCAAAACUUGGAAUGGCAACAAACGAUGUGUUGAAUAAGGCAUACCGAGAUAUUCUUGAAUCAGAAGUACCUCCCUGCUAUAUUGAGAACAAGGUGAAUUCAUUAUCAACCGAAAAGAGAAGAGAUCUGAAGUUGAACACAGACCAAGAAGAUCUGUUGAAAAAAGCAAAGAAUUCUGGAUAUAAGGACUUUGAUAUUUCAUUAACCUACAAGAUGAUAAGAAACAUUUGUUUAACUAUCCCAAAACCAACAAAAGGAAAAUGGGGAAAAGAGCCGGCAGUAGGAGAAAUGACUGUAGGAGACGAUAUUGAGAGAAUUAGGUCAAUACGAAAUAGAUUGACUGCACAUGUGAGUUCAGCCUCAAUCCCUAAGACAGAAUUCGAUGACACUUGGUCGACGAUGUCAGAUAUCUGCCAAAGACUAGAAACCUUCACUGGAAAGAAGUACUUGGAUAAACUUAAUGAGAUUAAAAAUCUGACCUUGAGAAAGGAAGAUAACGAUGAGAUUAUAAAAAAUGUCGCUAAAAUGCAAGAAAUUUUGGACACAAUCAAGUCAACUCUUCAAAAAUAAGAAACAAUGAUCAGCCUAAUGAAGUUGUUACAAAUUGAGAAUUUAUAGAAUGCUCUGUAGAAGACUUAGAUUUAUGUGUACAAACGAUGUGUUAAUUAAAGCAUACAGGGGUGUUCUAAAAUCAGAAAUACCUGCAUCUGAUAUUGAGUACAAGGUGAAAUUGUUAUCAAUCAAAAAGAGAAGAGAUCUGAAAUUGAACCCAGACCAAGAAGA